AUGUCCCGAUCAUACCAAAAAUGGACUGUAGCAGCUCUUCACCAGGAAUGCGAUUCCAGGGAACCGAAGAUAACACGAUUCGGCUUAAGUGGAACAAGUGAGAAGAAGAAUUUAAUCCAGAAAUUGGUACGAAGAGACACCCAUGUCCGCAAGGCGCAUCUUGACUCCCCCAAUUUCAAUAAUGUCAACGACCCAAAGGGGGAGAAUGAACGAGCGAGAAUCAAGUUCGACGAAAAGUUCCGUCAACUCAACACGGAUUCGCUAGUCACCUCCGAGAUUGCUUAUUAUGAAGUCAUGGUCAAGAAAAAGAUAUAA